AUGCUUAUCUUAUUACUUUUAAUUAAAUAGUGUAUUUAAUAGGCAACCCAUUACGGAUUUUGGUUUCAAUAUUUACCUUUCUCUAAUAUAAAGGCAUCAGGAGAUUUUAUUUUAAAUGAUAAAUCCACAUUUACAGGGUAAAAUAUUAUGGCAAACUACAAUUUUAUUUCAAAAGCACCCUCAAGCAAAUUUUACAUAUGGCUCUCUUUUAAUUCAAUAACUCUAAAUAUUACGGUGAGUGAUUUCAAUACAAUUACUAAUUUGAGUUAAGAUCCUACAAAGUUUGAAGGAAUUUGGUAUUAUGUCUAUCUUGAGAAUCUAUAAGAUGGAUCAAAGUUAUAUGUGAGAGGAAGCAAGUUGUAGAGUGUCAAAUUGACUACGAAGAACAUCGUUCCUGUAUUAAAUUAAUAUGGAAAGGUUGGUAGUACCUUGAACUUCGAUUAUUUUCAUGGAAAAUAUAGUGAAGUCAAACAAUUCACAAUAGCACCAUUUAAUAACGAUAAUGAGUUUGAUUAAUUUUUUAUUCAAAAUUUUUAAAGUCCUCAGUCUUACAACAUAACUGUUGUCGAUGUUUUUAAUGGACUUAAAUUAUUGGGAGAUGUAUUUUACUCAACCAAAUUUUUGAUGCUAGGUCACAAAUAUCAAAUUAGAUGUUGGGUUAAGGUUAAUUAUGAGAAUGUAGUCGAAAGACAGAGAUAUUUAUUAAUGAGAUUGACUUUGAAUGAAAAUUAUCGUAAUGAUAGUAUUUUGGGAGAUAGAGUAUUAUUAAUGAGUUACGUUUUGGAUUCCACAUCAAAUAAUUAUAAUUUGUUCAAUAUGAGUGUUCUAGCCUACUCCUACCCAUAUCCAUAAUUGGCUUAUCUCACAAAAGCGAUAAACACUUUUGCAAUUUAAAGUACAACAAAUAGAGAUAGAUUUCAAAAAUGGCACUAUAUUUAUUUUCAAUAUUUGGUUGACUAGACUUAUGUAAAAAUACUCUUUCCAGGUGAUUAAGAAGUUAUUUAGACUUUUAGUGCUUUAUAAUUCCAUAAUCAAUUUGUUUAUUUAUACGUUGGAGCAGAUAGUUUUUUUUAUAAAAGUUAUUUGGAAGGCAAAAUCCAAUUAGAAAUCACUUACAAUUAUGAGUAAGAAUUAGCAUACUCAGUGAGAUGCCACUAUUCCUGUUAAACAUGCGAUGGACCGACUGAAAGUGACUGUCUCACAUGUCCAUAGAAUUCAAAUAGACAAUGGAAAUUUGGAUUUUGUACUUGUGAAUUUGGAUUUGUGGAUUUAGAUCUAACUCAAAAGUGCAGUAAAAUGAAUGAAUUGUAUCCCAUAAUGAAUCAAACAUAUUAAAACAAUACAUUUAAAUGUAAGUAUGGAGAGUUCCUAGUUGAUGGCAAAUGUAUUUCUUGCCCCAGUUCAAUUAAUGAUUAUCAAAUAAAUUGUGCUGAUUGUUUACUUAAUUCACAAAGUUGGUAUUAAAAUCCUGUCUGCACUUUUGAUUAUAAGAGAUAUACCUUGACUUCAACUUAUAUAAAAUCAGUUAGGGAGGAAAGUUUAUAUGAAAUAUUUUUCGUCAAUAGUUAAUUGAUGAACUUAGAAUUAUGCAAGGGAUGUUUGGGAUAUUGCAAUGAUGUAACAAAGAUAACCUGCAUUCAUUUUAAUCAUUUGUAUUAUAGCUGUAAAAUUGGAUAUUUUGUUUAAGGAAACACUUGUUAAAAAUGUAUUGAGAAUUGCAAGAAUUGUAAUAAUGCAUAAACAUGUACUAAAUGUAUUUAGUUGUAUGAAUUCGAUGGUUCUAAAUGUUAGAAGUGCCCAUUAAAUUGUGCCAUUUGUAAUUCAACUAUCAAUUGUUCGACUUGUUAACCUGGAUUUGCUUUGUUUAAAGGUUCAUGCUAUGGUUGUGGAGCACAAUGCUCUAUUUGUGAAUUCUACUUUGAUGAAAUCAAACAGAAUCAUAUCAAUAGAUGCCUAAAAUGCACAGAUCCAAGUUUAUAUGAAAUUUCUUAUGAUGCUCUCAAAUGUUAAAUUGUUACCAUAAAAUAAUGUCUUUAUGGGGCUUAAUAAUAUCCUGGAUCUGGGGAUUUUCCUUUAACUACGAUUGACCUAUACUUUCAACCUAUGUCAAUAACCUCAUCAAUUAUUCCUCUUUGUCCUAGAUGCACAUCUGGAUAUACUUUUUCAUAUAUUUCAUAUACAUGUUAUAAAUCCUCUUAAUUGUGUUAAGAAUCAGCAUUCUAUAAUGGUACUUUUUAUUGUUUAGUUGGUGGAGAAUAGGCAGUCUCACUUUUAGGUUGUGAGUAAAAAUUAUAAAAUUGCUACGAGUGUGUUAAUUAUCUCAAUAAAAUUAUUUGCAUAAACUGCUUCCCUGGUUAUUAUGCAGAUCAUAUUGUUGGAAUGUGUAUCUAAUGUCCUAAACAGUGUUUCUCAUGUUCACAACAAUUUAAAAUAAAUAAGAGUAAUUGGAAAAAAGAUAUUAGACCAUUUUUUGAACUUUUUGUUAAUAAGAAUGUGAAUCAUGACUACCUCACCUUCGUAGAAUCAAGUAAUCCAGAUGACUUUGAAGUAAUCUGUACUUCAUGUCAAACUGGAUAUAUGUUGUAUAACGAUAUCUGUAUAAAUAAAUGCCCAUCGGAUUGUUUAGAAUGCUUGAUUAUCGACAAUUAAAACAUUUGCUCCAAAUGCUCUUAUUCAAGUAAUGGAUUAAUCCUUAGUCUGUACAACAAUUCCUGUUAUUAAUGCCAUAGUUUAUGUCAAUUUUGUGUUCCAGCAUCAGAUAUUGCUGUCACUCAAUUCACAAAUUAAUGCUUAUUACCUAUAUUAGAGGAUACUGUCUUUGAUACUAAUAUUUAUUAAUUUAGCAACUGUCCUGAUGAAUCCAAUUGCUAGAUGAGCAUGUCUAUUUCCUUGAAUUUGAUUUGUUCAUCAGAUUAAACCGCUCAAAAUGUUUUCGAUAUUCCAUAUAACUAAGAAUCAGAUCUAUCUUAUGUCUUUUAAUUGCUAUAUUCCAAUGGUCUAUUCAACUACAUGAAUGAAUAAAAUGUCUAAGUUUUGAACAUAUACCUCACAAUUUAAACCUGUAGUUUUCCGUAAAAUUUAGUGAUUUCUUAAGAAUUCUCAGCAAAUGUUUACACUUUAAAGAAAGUUUCAUUAUAAAUUAUGGGUUUGUCAGAAGUUUCGACUGUUUACUUUCAAGGAGAUAUUUAUAUCAAAGAAUUUCAUUCUUUAUGGAUUAAAAAUUUGUAUAUUGAUUUCUAAGACACUUCUAUAAGUUUCAAUUUUAAUUUAGAUCAUACAACCAUAGGUUUUGAGAAUUCAAAUUUUUUAGGUUAAGGCUCCUUCUAUUUUGAAUACUCAAACUUAAUAGCAUUUUUUAUGAUCAAUUUAAAUUUAGAUGGAUUUAAAUUUUCUAAUUUACAGUCUUUACUCAAAGUAGAACCAAUCAAAUCAGUUACCAUCUAAAAUGUUAAGCUAUCAAAUAUUGUUUUAAAAAAUUCCACUUUAUUUUAGUUCUAGAAUGUUGAUGAAUUAAUUUUGGAUUCUAUAACUAUAGAAUCAAACUACUUAUUAAAUUCCAAAAUAUUUUAAUCUAAUUAAAUUAGUAAAAUAGAUAAUUUCAUAAUAAAAUGGACUUAUUUGGAAUAGUCUUCAGCCUUUUAAGGCUUAGAUUUUCACUUUAAUAAUCUGUAUGUUUUGAUGAAUUUAUUCUUUGAUAAUUCAUAAAUUUGCUAAUCAUCAAUGUUAUAAUUGUAUAAUUCACAAUUUGAAGGGAAUUAUCUCACUUAUAAUAGCUAUCUUAUGCAUGUUAGUCAAACGACUGGAUAAGCUGAUAUUUUAAUAGAUCGAGUUUCAUUUUCACUCAACUCUCUUUAUUAUUCUUCAAGUUUUCUCUAUAUUGAAUCAUCAACCCUAAUUUAGAUGACAAACAUGGAGUUAUAUAUGCUUCCAAUCGAAAAGGAUGUCAAUUAUGCAUUCCAAAUAUUGUCUAAUUCCUUUACUCUAAAAGAUAGUUUAAUUGAAAUCAAUAAUUAAAUCAGUGCUAUAUUUGAAGCAACUGACUUGGAUCUUUUUAGUUUUGAAAACAUUACCGUUUAUUAACAGUAUUAUUUGGCUGGUUUAUCACAGAGUUUGGAUUGCAUUUAUUUAUUGGAUUCCAAAAAGCCAAUCAUUAAUCUAUUAAACAUCAAACGUGUAGAAUUCUAAAUGGUAAAUUUUACUAAUAUUUUCACCUAUAACCAACCAGUCAUUAAAAUAGGUAGUACCGAACUCAACUUUCAAUGUCUGAUCAACAUUAAAGACUCUGUAUUCCAAGAUUCAUUAAUUAUCAAAUCUACCAAUAAUAUUACAGUUGCAUUCAUAGUGAUAGAAUCUAAGAAUUCCAUUUCUAUCAAUCUCACAAAUACCAAUUUUAUAAAUACCAUUUAUAAAGAAUACAUUGGUAUAACUACUUAUGGAACCUCAGCCAAUAAUCUGUACUUCUUAGUUCCUUAGGGAUCUGUUUACUUCUAUAAUAAUAUGUUUAAAUCUAACUUAAUCAUUGGCUCUUUGAACUCUAAUAUAUAUAUUUAGUGCUAAAAGUUAUUUAUAUCAAAGUGCAUUUUCAAGGAAAUGAAUGUAGUGAAUAAACUAUUUUAUUAAGUACUCUCAUUUAAAUAUUAAGAAUUAUUAUACAAGGAGCAAUUGGAACAUUAUUUUAAAGUUAAGAGUUAUGGUGGAAUAGCUUAAAUCUAAGUGGAAGAGAUCUAAAUAUCAAACAGCUAAUUUGAAACUUAUGUUGGAUAUAAAGGAGGAUGUAUGUAUAUCAUAACCCUCAAUAAUGGAAUCUUCUCUAUAGUUAACUCAUAAUUCAAGAAUGGAUAAGCAAUUAUAGGACAACUAGAAAGCUAAGGAGGAUCCUUCUUCAUAGAUAGCAAAGGGUCUAAAUUAAACUUUAAACUCAUUAAUUGCACCAUUCAAAAUAGUUGGAGUUUUGAUAAGGGAGGGUUUGCCAUGUUGACUUUAUCAGAUUAGACUUCAAUCUUAUUCCAUAAUGUGUCUAUAAGUGAUGCUCAUUCAUUGUAAUCCUCAGUCAUUUCGAUUGAGAUUAAUGAUUUUCUGUAAGAGUAAUAUACAUUGUAAAUUGAGGAUUGCAUCAUUUAAAAUACAAAGACUGGAUAUGACGAUUAUAUCAAAUUACUCCAAAUGAAAGACCUUAUUUACAUGUUCACAUUUGAUACAUAUGAUUCUGUGUUAAUUGAGACUAAAAAAGGAAAAUUAAGGGUGAAGAAUUUAGUCGUGUAAAAUAUCAUGGGAUAUGGUUUCAUGACACUUAAACAGUGUUACUAAGUCACUUUGGAUACAGUGUAUCUAUUAAAUUUCAUUCUUCAGAAAAGACCAUUAAUCUUUUUUGAUAGAUCCUUAGGUCCAAUAAUUAUAACUAAUAGUCGUUUUUAUGGCGUAUAUCAAAAUUAUACAAAGGUUAUUUGUGUUUAUUCUGAAUUGCAAUUAGAAGAAUUGAAGUAUGAAUGUACAUAAGAAUUGUACACUUUAUCAUCAUAGUUUAGUAAUUUUACAAAACAAUGUGAAUAGAACAUCACAAUUUCAUAUGAUUACUAAACCUACAACAUUUUUUAAAUAUUCCAAACCCAAUCUGAAAUUUACAUUAGUUCUGUAAUUUUCUCGAAUAUAUAUUGUACUAAUUGCAAUAUAUUUUAGAUUGAAUCAAACAAUCUGGUUAUAAUUUAACAAACUAAAUUCAUUUCGAAUAUAGGCAACAGUUCUAUUUUAAAUAUUAAGAAUAUGAACUAAAACAGAUUACUGUUUACAUAUGCAGAUGAUUUAAAAACAAAUAUAGGUCAAAUUUUAAUAAAAAAUUCAUAAUUUAUUAAGAAUACAGGUUUUUAUGGUGGUUGCAUUUAUGCAUCUGGAGUUUCUAUUUCGUGUUACUCAGUUUUGUUUUAAAAUAACUCAGCAAACUUGGGAGGGGCAAUAUAUUUAAAUAAGGGAUCUUUAGAAAUGACAGAUUCGUAGAUAAUAAAUAAUGUUGCAUAGUCUGGAGCUGGAAUUUAUUCUACUACCCCCCUGUCUAUUCAAAAAAAUAGAAGAAAUAUCAUUGUGGAUAAUUAAGAAGAUGAUAAGAAUGGCGUUAUGUAAUCAUAACCGUCAAAAUUGGCAUUAUCAUUAAACUCUUAAAAAAUAUUUGAAAAUGAAAUUCGUUUCAAAAAUGAUACUUGUGUGAUUGAAGAAGUCAUGAGUUAAAUAGUGUUGCCAAACAAUGUAGAAAUAUAAAAUUAUCAAAUUUUGAAUGAAAAUUUUACUGAGCAUGGCAUAGGUAAUUAGCUAUCCUAUGUUUCAUCUAUUUAAGUCUACAAAAAAUUAAAUUAUAAAUUUAGAUUUAUACCAUUAAAUGACUUUAACGAAAGAUAAUAUCAUUUGUAAGAUUCUAAAUGUAAUAUCCGUAGUAGGCUAUUAUCAAGUAAAGAUUAAAGCUUUACAACUGAUUAUUUAUCAAUUGAGAGUGUCUCCUUCAAUAUGACUACUUAAGAUUACAAUUUUGAUGAUUUAAGAAUACUAACUAAUGAAGAUUUGUUAUUAGAAAUAAGAUGUGAUUCUAUUAAGAUUCCUAUUUAUGAUAGCUUAAAUUAACAUAUAUUGUAGUUUCACGACAAUUAUUCGAUAGUUAUUAAAGUAAAGACAUUUCCGUGUUAAAGAGGUGAAAUCUUGACUAAUUCAAUGUGCGUCUAAUGUGUAGCUUAAACAUAUUCCUUAAAAGAAAAUAGUCUUAAGUGUACCUUAGGAGAUUAAGAAAUAAUGGAAAAUGUUAUUCAGUCAAAUAUUCAAAUCAAAUCUACUUAUUGGAGACCAUACUUUGAUAAUGAUGAAAUCUCCAGAUGCAUUAUAGGACUGGAAAAGUGUUUAGGUGGUUGGGCUGCAGGACCUGAUUCAUGUAUACAAGGGAGUUUUGGAGCAUUAUGUGAAACUUGCGAUAUUUACAAUAUUAGAGGACAAGGAUCAUAUUUUAAGUCAAAUAUGAAUUGUUUUUAAUGUUAAGAUUCAAAUCUUGCUUACUUGUCAUUAUUAAUUGUAGGUUUAUGGACAUUGAUUUCAAUGGUGAUAUCUGUGAAUAGUUCUUUAGAAAACUUAAAGAUGGAAUUAUUGAGAACUAUAUUAAAAAGGGGAGGUUUAAAAGUAUUUUCUGACACUCAAGAAUCUAGUUCAUUGUAUAAGAUGAUGUUUCAUUAUUUGUAAAUAAUAUCUACUUUAACCACUUUCUAAUUGUAAUUUCCAAAUUUGGUAAGUAUAGCUAUUAAUAGUGCGGGUUCUCAAACUAAAUCACUUGAAAAUUCAAUUGAUUGCUUUUUGAUCUCCUAUGAUAUGAAUAUAUUGCAUUCCAGAAUAAUUUGGAUCAUUAUUGCACCUGUUCUAUAUUUAUGUUUCGUAUUUUGCAUAUAUGGGUUCAUAAUAUCUAUAAGAAGAUAAAGCUAUAAACAAGGUGUGUCAGCAAUCAUUUUACUGUAAACAUUUGUCACUAUGCAGCCAAGCAUGAUUGGGGUUUUAAUAUCAAUACUAGGAUUUCGUAACAUUUCAGGAUAUGAUUGGGUGAUUGGUGAUGUUUCUUACAGAUAUGAUAAGAAUUUCUAUUACUCCUCUGUUUUGGCUUUUCCAAAUUUGUUCGGAUUGACUGUUAUUAUACCUUUUCUCAUGUUUCUCAAGUUGCACAGAAAUAAAAAUUAACUAAAUAAAAUAAAAUCAACAUGGGGUUACUUAUUUUCAGAAUUUAAUGAAAAUGCCUACUUUUGGGAACUUGUAAGAUUGGGAAUGAAGAAUCUUGUAAUUAUCAUUAUUACUCUAUUUGAUCAAUAUAUUGUCCUUAAAGCUACGAUGGUAUUUUUAUUGAUUCAAGCCUAUUAAUUGUUAACCAAAUCAUAUCAGCCUUUUAAAACUAAGAAUUUAAAUUAGAUGGAAGAUUUUGGAUCGAAAGUCUUGGCUAUUAGUAUUGUUUUAGGAGCAUCUUCAUAUUAAAUGUUACAAACUGCAUUGAGAAAUUACAUUUACAUAUUCUAUGUCAUCAUUUUAGAAGCUAAUUGUGCAUUCUUAUAUCAUAUCUUUAGAAAGAUAUUACAAGAAAAUAUUGAUCAAAAUCAAAUUUUAAUUAACUAAAUUUAAAACUAUUUAAAAGAUAAAUACCCUCUCCUUCUAAGAUUACCUUUAUGUAGGAAUAUCUUUAUUUAAAAAAAAAAGAAUUCGUCUUCAACCAAAUUCAGGAAGGUUGCUCUAAUACUUAAGGAAUCUAUUCAAACCCAAAGAAAAAAGAACUUUAUGGAUUUAUAAUAGGAUGAUUCUUUGAUCGUGUUAUCAAGCCCUGAUCAACUCUGGAGAAAUAAAAAAAAUAAACAUGAAAUAAAUUCUUCUGGAUCAGUUAUGCUACUUAGUGAUAUUAAAGAUUCAAAAUUUCAAAGCAGAAUGAUAUCUGAUAGAUAUGGAUUGUAAAAAAGUAGUGGGGGUCAAGUUAUAUGA